AUGUCAGACAAGAGCGAACUGACGCCCUUGGACCAGCUCUCCGGCUCGGACACGGCUUGUUUUAUGGCCACGUUCACGGCAGAUUUCCAGCAAAUGUCAUUCAAAGAGCCCUCGUUCCGUCACAGUCUCGCAGCCACCGGCAUAGAUCCUGGCCUUUUGAGCAGCAGAGUUAGCCACGUCUUUGACCUUCGCGGCCCCAGCAUCGUCGUCAACACGGCCUGUUCCUCAUGCGUCUACGCUCUGCAAGAACGCACGCAAUGCUCUACGGACGCACGAGUGUUGUGCAGCUGUCGUCGGUGGCAGUAA